AUGACAACAAUAAACCAAUUAUCUAAAAAAAAUAUUAGAAAAAGAAAAACUAGAAUAACUGCAGGAUCUAAAUUUUUAAAAAAUCAAGGUUUAAUUAAUCCUCAAUUAAAGGGAGUUUGUAUUAGAGUUUUAACAAGAAAACCUAAAAAACCUAAUUCAGCUCAAAGAAAAAUAGCUAAAGUUAAAUUAACAAAUGGUUUAAUAGUUGAUGCAUUUAUACCUGGAGAAGGACAUUCUUUACAAGAACAUGGUAUAGUAUUAAUUAGAGGUGGAAGAGUAAAAGAUUUACCUGGAAUAAAAUUAAAAUGUGUUAGAGGUAAAUAUGAUUUAGCUGGUGUUAUAGGAAGAAAAACUUCUAGAUCAAAAUAUGGAACUAAAAAACCUAAAACUAAAUAG